AUGGGAGGAAUGUUUACAAAAAUUUACCAAUUAUUUGAUCCAAGACUUGAUUAUAAAAUUAUUAUGAUUGGUCUGGAUGGAAGUGGAAAAACAACGAUGUUGUAUAAAUUGAAAUUAGGUGAAGUUGUCAAUACCAUUCCAACAGUUGGUUUCAAUGUUGAAAGUGUUCAAUAUAGAAAUAUUAAUUUCACUGUUUGGGAUAUAGGAGGACAAAAUUCUAUUAGAAAAUUAUGGACUCAUUAUUACUCUGAAGUUGCGGCCGUUAUUUUUGUAGUAGAUUCUACCGAUGUAGAAAGAUUGGAGGAAGCAUCGGAAGAAAUCAAAAAGAUAUUGGCACAAUCUCAGUUGAAUGGUGCCGUUCUUUUAUUCUUGUGCAACAAACAAGAUUUACCUCAAUCAUUGUCAAUGGCUGAGAUCUCUGACCGUUUGAAAUUACAGACCAUCAGAGAUCGCCAGUGGUAUCUCCAACCGACAGUUGCAAUCGAUGGUUCAGGCUUAUUUGAAGGUCUAGAUUGGAUGAGUAAUGCUCUCAGAAAAAAUCAUCAUAGUCAAUCUUCAUUUAAAUCUUAUUUCUGGCCAUUUUAUUAA